AUGUCAAAGGCAUCAUCAUCAUCAUCAUCAUCAUUAGCACCAGCUACAGAGCAACCAGUAGAAAAUAAGAUCACCACAUGGAUCGAUAAGCAAUCAGAAUCACCUUACCCCAUGUGGGCAUUGUCAGCUGCCACAUUAGCAACAUUGCCACUCUCUGUAAAGAAGGCGCCUGGCAUUCCCGGCUUGUUUCAAACUAUGGCAUUUGCGGGCAUCUUUGCUGGAGCAGGUUAUGUGACUAAUGCAGGUGAUGCAGAGAAUGGAUCUGGAAUUGCAACCGCAUGGUGUUUGUCAUGGAGUUUCUUGAAUGCAAAGACUGCUCUCAAAUCAAUGAGGCCUGUGCCCAUUGUUCUUCUUGGUGCUGUCACUCUAAAUACUGUCAUUUAUGGCAAGAAGACCUUGCAAGUGAAUGGUUACAUUUAA